AAACUCAACAAAGGAGACGUAGAGAAGUUGAAGAUAAGAUUGUUGUCCGUCCAUAAACUGUGCGAAGAUGCGGAGGAAAAACAACUUAUGGAUCUUUCUGUGAAAGAGUGGCUUCAUAACCUGAAAGAUGUUGUCUACGAUGCAGAAGACGUCCUAGAUGAGAUAGCCACUGAAGCCUUGCAGUGUAAGUUGGAUGCUGAAUUUCAAACCACUGCAACUAAGGUACGAAACUCCAUCUCCACUUUUUUCAAUCAUUUUGUCAAGGAGAUAGAGCCUAAGAUAAAAGAGCUACUUGAAAAACUAGAAUAUCUAGCAAGACAAAAGGAUGAUCUAGGUCUAAGAGAAGGCGUUGGAGGAGAAUCAUCAAAAAGAUUUAUCACGACUUCUUUGGUCGAAGAAUCUGAUAUUUUUGGUAGGGAUGAUGAUAAGGAAAAAAUAAUAAGUUUAUUGGUCUCAGAUGAUGCAUCUUGCAAUGAAAAUUUGUGUGUGAUUCCCAUAGUCGGCAUGGGAGGAAUUGGCAAGACCACCCUUGCUCAACUAGUAUAUAAGGACAAGAUGGUGAAGGAGCAUUUUGACCUUCAAGCAUGGGUUUGUGUUUCGGAUGAAUUUGACGUGUUAAAGCUUACGAAAACAAUUUUAGAAGAAGUAGGUUCGUCUGCUAAUACUGAUAGUAAUAAUCUAAAUUUGCUUCAACUUACACUAAAUGAGAAAUUGGUGGAGAAGAAAUUUCUACUAGUUCUAGAUGAUGUUUGGAAUGAGAAUUAUGUUGAUUGGGAGAUGUUAAGUAAGCCAUUUAAAUCUGGGGCACCUGGAAGCACGGUCAUUGUAACUACACGCAAUGACGAUGUUGCAUCAAUCAUGCGCACUGUUCCAACUCAUCGUCUAAAGACGUUACUGGAAGAAGAUUGUUGGUCACUAUUUGCAAAACUUGCAUUCCUCGAUGGCAUAUUUGAUGCACGUCCAGAGCUAGAAGUAAUUGGUAGACAAAUUGUGAAAAAGUGUGAAGGCCUACCUUUAGCGGCCAAGGCAAUUGGGGCUCUCUUGCGAUCUAAACUAGAUGUGGAUGAAUGGGAGAAUAUAUUGAAGAGCGAACUAUGGGAUUCACCAAUUGACAAAACAAACAUUCUUCCUGCUCUAAGAUUAAGUUACAAAUAUCUUUCCCCACAAUUAAAGCAAUGUUUUGCUUAUUGUUCAAUAUUUCCCAAGGAUUAUGUUUUAGAAAAAGAUCAAGUAGUCUUAUUAUGGAUGGCAGAAGGUUUCUUAGAAGAAACUAGAAACAAAGGAAUGGAAGAGGUUGGUGAAGACUACUUCCUUGCUUUGGCAUCAAGAUCAUUGUUUGAACAAUCAAGUGGCAACAAAUCAGGUCUUAUAAUGCAUGAUCUUGUCAACGACUUGGCAAAAUUUGUUUCUGGACAAUUUACCUUUAGACUGGAGGUUGACAAUUCUCAAGAAAUUUUGAACAAGACUCGCCAUUUGUCAUAUUUAAGAAAACGAUAUAACAACUUUAAGAAGUUUGAGGCACUUUACAAGUCUACUCGAUUGCACACAUUCUUGCCAUUAAAGUUGUCGCCACCGGAUAAUAUCGUCUGCUUCUUAGCUAAUAGAGUACCACAUGACUUAUUGCCAAAUCUAAGGUCAUUGCGGGUGCUCUCUCUAUCUCACCAUUAUAAUAGGAUUGAGCUGCCCGAAUCAAUUGGCAAACUUAAGCAUUUACGUUAUUUGAACCUUUCUUUCACUAAAAUUGUAAGGUUGCCUGAUUCCAUAUGUAAGUUGUGCAAUUUGCAAACAUUGAAUUUAUUAGGUUGUGAAGGUCUUUCUGUAUUACCGAGAGAUGUGUGGAAACUCGUUAAUUUACGUCAUCUUGAUAUUAUUGGAACUGCCAUAAAGGAGAUGCCAAUGCAGUUGAGUAGACUAAAAUGCCUACGAACAUUAACUAAAUUUAUCAUCAGCAAACAUAGUGGGGCUUGCAUUGAAGAACUGGGAAAACUUUCAAAUCUCCGAGGAAAGCUUUCUAUUUUAAAGCUCCAAAAUGUUGUAUCUCCUGAGGAUGCUUUGAAAGCAUGCUUGAAAGAAAGGAAGUACCUUGAGGAGUUGGUGUUGGAAUGGAAUGCAUUAGAUACUAAUAUUUCAGAAUGUCAAAGAUUUGUACUUGACAAUCUUCGGCCUCAUCGUAACUUGAAAAGUCUCACUAUCAACAACUAUGGCGCUGAAACUUUUCCAGAUUGGAUAGGGCAUCAUUCAUUCCUUAAUAUAGUGUCCCUUCGCUUAGAAAACUGUAGACAUUGUUGUAACUUGCCACCACUUGGGCAACUACCCUCUUUGAGGUACCUCUCUGUUGUUGGGUUUGAAGAAGUAGUUAAAGUGGAUCGUGAGUUUUAUGGGAGCGAUUCUUCAUCGGCUAAGCCAUUUGGAGCCUUGAAAGUUCUAAGGUUCGAGCAAAUGUUGAAGUGGGAGGAAUGGUCUUCUUUUGGUGCUGAAAACGAAGGCGGACCUUUUCCUCAACUUGAGGAGCUUUAUAUUAGUUUCUGCCACAAGCUAACCGGAGAGCUGCCCAUCCAUCUUCCUUCUUUAGCCAAACUUGAGAUUUUGGAAUGUCCGCAGUUGGCUGCCUCAUUCCCAAGGGCUCCUUUGCACGAAUUGUAUUUAAAAAAUUGUAAUAAGGUUCAGUUAAAGGAAUUGCCAACCGGACUGCAGAAGCUCAAAAUUGAAGGAUUUGAGUCUCUUCCCCAAGGACUGGUGGACUCCAACGGCUGCCUUCAAAAGUUAACAAUCAAAAAGUAUAUGAAGUUAGAGCUCCCAACACACUUUUCGUCCCUUGAAACGUUGAAGUUGGACAAUUGUGAUUCCCUCAAGUCAUUUCCAUUAGAUUUAUUCUCAAAGCUUUAUAAAAUCAACAUCUCUGGGUGUACGAAUCUGGGAUCAUUUACAGCUUCAGAACAACAUGGACGUGAUUUAGUGACCUUGCAUAUUCACAUUAGCAAUUGCCCGAAUUUUGUAUCUUUUCCAAAAGAAGGAAUUCGUGCCCCCAACCUUAAAUCCUUUUGGGUACAAAAAUGUGAAAGUCUGAGGUCACUGCCAGAGAAGAUGCAUAUACUCCUCCCUUCUCUUGAAAAAUUUGCUAUAACCGAUUGUCCAGAAGUUGAAUUGUUACCUAAAGGGGGCUUUCCUUCCAAUCUGCAAAUUCUUAACGUUGAGUACUGUGAGAAACUCUUUGCUAGUCGGAUGGAAUGGGGUUUGCAAAAACUUUCGUCUAUUAGACGUUUGUAUAUCGGUAGCAAAUCUGAAGAUGUGGUGUCUUUUCCAGAGCCAGGGUUGAUGCCUUCUUGUUUGACUUCUCUUUCGUUCUAUGGAUUUCCAAAUAUGAAAUCUUUGGACAAGAAUGGGCUUCAGCACCUCACCUCUCUUCAAGACUUGUCUGUCAGGCACUGCCCUAAGCUCAAGUACAUGCCCAAAGAGGUGUUGCCUGCCUCCCUUUCUGAAUUAAAUAUCUCUAACUGCCCGUUGUUAAGGAAGUGGUGGCAAAGCAAGAAACGAAAAGAACAACGAAAGAUUCCCGACGUCGAUAACGUACUUUUUGAUCGGGAAGUUUAUAUUGGAUGA